AUUAACUUAAAAAAAAAAAUUUAUUUUGCAUUGUAAACUAAAUAAAUAAUUGCAAAAAUGAAUAAUCAAAUGAAUGAAGAUUUUCUCGAGUUCGAAUCCAAAGUCAAUCAAGUUGUCAAACUACUGGAUGAUAUGAGCAGCAUUGGAAAAUCAGAUGCGGAUGCUCCAGUAAAGACAGAGAUUCUUUUUCCUGAUGACAUCACUGAGGACAACCUAAUAGUUCAAGUUAAAGAGGAUCGCACUGUAAUUAAUAAGAAAGUCUUUCCUUUGAAACCAAAACCCAACUUAGUGCCAACCCAACUCGAUAAAUUUACAUUUAUGCAACAAAUCGAACAAGAUGCGGAUCAGCGUGCUGCAGCUCGUCAAGAACGUGAACGUAUAGCUCAAACUUUCCGAAAACUAGGGAAUGAAGCAUUUCGUAAGCCAAACUAUGAGAAAGCUAUUACUAUGUAUACUCAAGCCAUUGAUCACGUCAAGGACAGUCCAAUUUUAUAUAAUAAUAGAGCAUUAGCUUACAUUAAGCUUAAGAACUUUAAACGUGCUGUGAUUGAUUGCAAUUUCGUUUUAAACAAAUUGGAGGAACGAAAUAUUCGGUCCUGGCUUUAUGGUGCAGCCGCAUAUAAGCGUUUGGGGGAUGAAUUGAAUUUUGAAAACUACGUAAAGUUCGCCAAAAAGCAUAACUCUAAACAGCAUGAAUACAUUGACGGAUUUGUUGAAAAAAUUAAAAUGGGACAGUUUUAAAUAAUUUAUUUUUACAAACAUUUUUACAGAUUUUUUCAAUUAUAUAUUAAAACAGUAUGUAUACGCAGUAUGUUUCCAU